CCUGGACGAAUUUCUAGAUUAAUGAUGGACUAACAAGGGCAACUGAAUCCCUAUGGUAGGAGAUUGGCUGAGGAUGUGGUUUACUUUCUGAUUUACCCUAUACAAGCAGCGAAGUCUUGGGACAAUUUCAGUGUAAAGCUUGGAUUCGCAGGACACUGGACUACCCUCCAAGCAAACUCAUAGAUUCACUUCAAAACCAGUCAUAGAUUCACUUCGAAAGAAUCAAACUUUGACCUUUCAAGCCUCCUCCUUGAACCAGUCAAAGUUGGCAUUUCAGUGAUUUCAUACAACAUUCACGGCAAUUUCGCCCAGCCUUCUGCAAUAAAAGUGUGUGCGUAUAUAUAUGUAAUAUUAUGUGCAGGAGCUUUUUUCAUAAGCAUAACAGAUUGAAAGAAACUUUUUCUAUACUUUUGGAAAUCAACUACCUUUCUUGUCAAAUAUGUCUGUUAAAACACUUUCAAAACUUUGUUUAUUUUACGUUGUACUCAUCUUCCUUUUCUGCCUGACCUGCCAUGGAGUUGAGGCGUCCGAUAGUGAGAACGGGAUUAUAAACGUCGGUGCAAUUAUCGAUAAGAAUUCCCUCAUUGGGAAGCAAGAGAUUACGGCCAUGAAUGUCGCAGUGCAAAGUUUCAACAGUAACUCAAAAAGCCACAAGCUCUCCCUUCACAUCCGGGACCAUGGAAGAGACCCCUUCCAAGCUGCUACCGCAGCCGAGAAGCUGAUUAAGGAAGAGAAGGUGAAAGUGAUUGUUGGCAUGGAGACAUGGGAGGAAGCAGCUCCAGUUGCUGAUAUAGCAGGCCGGGAUCAAGUUCCUGUUGUUUCAUUUGCAACACCUGCUAUAACACCUUCAUCAAUGUCUCUUCGAUGGCCUUUCUUGAUAAGAAUGGCUAACAAUGAUUCUGAACAAAUAAAAUGCAUUGUGGCUCUAGCUCAGUCCUAUAAUUGGAGAAGAGUUGUAGCCGUAUAUGAAGAUAAUGCAUAUGGAGGAGAUUCUGGGAAAUUGGCUCUUUUAUCUGAGGGUCUCCAACGCGUUAGUUCUGAGAUUGAGUAUCACUUGGUUCUUCCACCGACUUCUUCCAUAUCUGACAUGAAAGAAAUUGUUCGAGAUGAGCUAGAAAAGAUACACGAUGUACAAUCUCGGGUUUUCGUCGUUCUUCAGUCAUCCUUGCCCAUGAUUGUUCACCUGUUUAGAGAGGCCAAAAAGAUGGGAUUUUUAAGGAGAGACUCGGCAUGGAUAGUUACAGAUACUGUUGCAAAUUACCUAGACUCUCUUAACACCGAUGUCAUCUCCUCUAUGGAAGGCACUCUAGGAAUCAAGAAUUACUAUUCUGAAACGGGUACUUCUUAUCGGGAGUUUUCUUCCCAGUUCCAGAGAAAUUUCACUGCUGAAUAUCCAGAAGAAGGUUACUUUAAGCCAGGAAUUUAUGCACUUCUAGCGUUUGAUAGCAUUAGACUCGUAAUACAGGAGAUAGACAUAUUGACUGGUAACAGUAGCAGUCCCGAAAUGUUGGUAGGAAAUAUGUUAUCUAGUAAUUUCUCUGGGUUAAGUGGCAGAAUUCAUUUCAAAGAAGGUCAGCUAUUGAACACAGACAUUCUCAGGAUUGUCAAUGUCAUUGGAAGAAGAUACAAGGAGCUUCACUUCUGGUUGCCAACGCGUGGAUUCUCGAGGACACUCAACGUUAAAGAUGAAAAUAAUAGUGAAGUUGUUGAUCAAACAGAUGGUUUGGCUGAUGAUGUGAUUUGGCCUGGGAGGUGGAAGCAAGUGCCGAAAGGAUGGACAAUGCCUACGCCUGAAAAACCAUUGAGAAUCGGAGUCCCAGUUAAAACCUUUUUCGAGAAGUUUGUGGUUGAAUCCUUUGAUGAUUCUACUAAAAAGAUGGAAUAUUCUGGCUUCUGCAUUGAUCUUUUCUUUAAGGUGCUAGGAGAGUUGGACUAUAAUCUACCAUACGAAUUUGUACCUCAUAAUGGCAGUUAUGAUGAACUGAUUAUGGGCGUUUACAACAAGACUUAUGAUGCUGCAGUAGGCGAUGUGACCAUUCUAGAGGAAAGAACAAAAUACGUGGAAUUUACGCAACCAUACACUGAGUCAGGGUUGACGAUGAUAGUUCCAGCCAAGUCUGAAAAUUCAAUGUGGAUGUUCUUGAAGCCUUUCACCUUUAAAUUGUGGAUGGUCACCACUGCCGCCUUCAUCUACACGGUGCUAAUCGUAUGGCUCAUGGAGCAUCAGUCAAAUCCUGAUUUCAAUCAAAUAAGCGCCACUCUUUGGUUCACUUUCUCUUCCGUCUUCUUUGCUCACAAAGAAAAUAUUAAUAGCAACUUGAGUCGAGUAGUGGUUAUACUGUGGCUGUUCGUUGUGUUUGUGAUGACAUCAAGCUACACUGCUAGUCUGUCUUCACUGCUCACCGUCCAGCGACUUGAACCAACUGUUGCAGAUAUGGAGUUCCUAAGGACGCACAACUUAACUGUUGGCUGUAGUAACGAUUCGUUUGUAAAGAGUUACCUCAACACUGUGUUCAACAUUACAAAUAUUAAUGCCUUUGACAAUAUAGAAACCAAUUAUGUUCAAGAACUUGAAAGCAAGAACAUCGCUGCCUUAUUUCUUGAAGUUCCAUACGAAAAAGUCUUCUUCGACAAGUACUGCAAAAAUUACACUACCACAGAAACCUACAGAUUUGGAGGCUUCGGAUUUGCGUUUCAAAAAGGUUCCCCUCUAGCGCUUGAUUUUUCCAGGGCCAUUCUGGAACUAUCAGAGCAUGGGAAAAUAAAACCAAUUGAAGACGAGUGGUUUGCGCCUUCGCCCGAUUGUUCAGCCACUGAGAGCAAUAUUAAAACGGGACGCUUGACUCUCCAUAACUUCUGGGGUCUCUACCUUGUAUAUGGCAUCUGUUCUGGUUCUUGUUUUCUGAUUUUCAUCUUUCGAUUAUUGAAAAGCUAUUUUACGUAUCACGAAGAGAAAUACGAGGGCCAAGUGCCCCCAAGGCGCCACUGUGGCUUGAAAAUGGCUGUUAGUCUUGCAAGGUUUUUUUAUAAUGGAAGGCAGAGUAAGAGCAGUCCAACAGUAAGUUCAGUUGUUAAUGAAGCACAGGAUUCCAGGGGUGAAUGUGGAACUCCUUCUGACACUUCAGAGAAGCUUCAUAUCUCUGUACCGGUGUAUUCUAACAACCCGUUCCACAGAACGUUGUCGCAUAGAUAUACUCGUUAAACCUAUAUGGUACUAGUGGUGAGGGGAAAAAUUAUUAAUAAAUGACUUUCACUAUAAUUACGUA